AUGAGCAAAGAGCAAUUGCGUGAUCAUGCGAAGCGUAGCUGGACAACCUACUUUGAAGAAGAUUGUACUUCGCUACAAAUGCCUGCUGCCGAGCUUACGCAAUGCACUGCGGCUCCUACCCAGAUACUGCAAGCGCUGGGUAACGAUUUAGAGGGAUUUUUCUUUCUCUUUCUUUCUAAGAAGAUGUGGGUAUCUAUUGCCUCAGAGUGCAAUCGGUAUCAACUCCAGUAUCGCACGCAGGCGGCGGAUGUCAUUAUGACUCGACAGAAACGCAUCAACCAAAGGCGACCGGUGUACAAGAUUAAGAGUUUGCAGCAAAUUCAGAAGGAGCAGAGAGCGUUCAAGCCCACUCAGCCCCACGAAUUGGUCAGCUUUAUUGGUUUGCUAUGCGCGCGUGCGCCGUGCCCGCAUCGAGAAAAGCUAGCGAAACACUGGGCGGUCAAGAAAGCGUUUUGA